AUGCGGUUUGAUGAGCAAAAGGAUCAAGUAACAGUGGAGCAGGUUCUUCGGGUCAUUUUCAUCGAUCCAGACCGCCCAAGUUCUGCACUAGAGAAACUGAAGCGUCAACUGGAUGAAGCUGAAGCUGCAGUUGAAGUAAGGAAGAAACCUCCACCAGGCCUCGUGUGGUCUGGAAGGGUCUUGUCAUAG